GCAUCCUCCAUCCGUUGGUUCUCUUCCACUGUGGAGGGGCUGGGAAUUGGUCUGGCCCUGUGAGGGAGAUGCCAGGGGAAGGGGAGUUGCCCUCCUUGAAGGCAUGAGAGGAGAAGGAGGCGGGAGCCAGCAGCUCAAAUAUUUGCCUCAGGGGCAACUGGGAAGCGUUCAGCUGGCUGCUUAAAACCAAGAGAAAGCUGAGGUAGAAAUUCCAGUCUGAGCUGCUCUUUUAUCUAGAGAAGAAAGCCCUUUAAAAUGAAGAAGAUGCUUUCUCUCUUUUUGCCCUGCUAAUCUGCCAGACUCGUUUUAGUUCUAGUAACUAUUUGCUUUUCAAAAUAAUUUUUCAGGCUCAUGGAAAGACUGGGCAGAAACUGGAUUUUGAUAUUUCAUUCUUUUAAAACCCCCAGCUUUUUUGAUGCUGAGUUGCAAGGAUAAGUACGAAUCGAUAAACGGAAGAGCAAGUGGAAAUGAAAAUGCUUUUUUCCCCCUUCCAGGAUAUAUAAAUUCACCUGAAUCUUACUAGGUGGCGAUAAGCAGCGCUGAAUCAUUUAUUCCCCCCUUCCCUUGGUAAUUACUUUUGUGUAACUAAUAGCAGAAGCUGCUUUCUGUGAUGGAGGACUGAAUUUUGUAGCCAUUUGAGGAGCACUUUUGCUUUCUAGUAGAUUUUUUAAAAUUCCCUUCUUGUAUUUUGAAACGGGGGUCUUUGUAAUUUCAUAGCAACGUUCACAGGUUGUACAGGAAACUUCUUUUUUCCGAGAGACUUUAUUCAGGAGCAAGCUUGAAAAGGAACCCACCUGCGGACUGAGCCAGCACGCCCUCCCUCUCUCCAACAAUGUGGACUUUCUUAGGCAUUGCCUCCUUCGUCUAUGUGUAUAAGAAAUGUGGAGACUUGAUGAGUUAUGCCAACAAGGAGGUGCUGCUCUCUAUGCUGGUAUUCUUUUCUCUUGGGUUGUUGCUUUCUUAUCGAUUCCGGUCGAGGGGACUCAAACAACAGAAGCACAAGGACCCACAGUGUGGGGUGCUCUGUAACUUUCUUGCCACUGUGCCCUUCGUUGGAUUUUUCUGGACUAAAUCUCACACGGGACCUCAAGAAGCCCUGCAGCCUGAAUACCAGAAGGGAAGAAGAAAGGUCAAUACCACACCAGAGACUUCAGUGGAGACCUCGACAGCUUCAGUGCUACCUCCUCAGUAUGAUCCGGAGGUUAUCAUUGUGGGGUCCGGUGUACUUGGCUCUGCUUUAGCAGUGGUCCUUGCAAGGGACGGCCGGAAAGUGACCGUGGUCGAGAGGGAUCUGAAAGAACCCGACAGGAUAGUUGGAGAAUUGCUGCAGCCUGGUGGGUAUAAUGCCCUGAAAGACCUGGGCCUGGAAGAGGCAGUGGAAGGGAUUGAUGCUCACACAAUCAACGGCUAUAUUGUUCAUGACAUGGAAAGCCAAUCUAAGGUUGAAAUCCCGUAUCCUCGAGCAGCAAAUGGCCAAGUGCAAAGCGGAAGAGCAUUCCAUCAUGGACGUUUCAUCAUGGGUCUCCGAAGGAUGGCCAUGGCAGAGCCCAACACAAAAUUCAUUGAAGGGACGGCGCUGCAGUUGCUCGAAGAGGAUGAAUGUGUGGUUGGAGUUUUGUACCGAGAGAAAGAAACGGGGGAUGCCAAGGAACUCCGUGCACCACUGACCGUUGUUGCUGAUGGCCUCUUCUCUAAGUUUAGGAAAAAUCUCGUCUCCAACAAAGUUCAAGUCCCAUCUCAUUUUGUAGGUUGCAUUUUGAAGAAUUCACCUCAGUAUAAAGCCAACCAUGCUGAACUCGUGUUGGGAAAUCCUAGUCCGGUGCUUAUCUACCAGAUUUCUUCCAAUGAAACCCGUGUCCUUGUUGACAUACGAGGUGAAAUGCCAAAGAAUCUUAAAGAAUACAUGAGUGAAAAAAUUUAUCCACAGCUGCCAGAGCACCUACAGGAGCCAUUCCUCAUAGCUAUUCAGAACGACCGACUGAGGGUCAUGCCGGCAAGCUUCUUGCCGCCUUCCCCCGUUAACAAAUCAGGAGUCCUUCUCCUGGGUGAUGCUUACAACAUGAGACACCCUCUAACAGGUGGAGGAAUGAGUGUGAUUCUGAAUGACAUCAAGAUCUGGAGGGCUUUGCUGCAGGCCAUUCCAGACUUCUACGAAGACUCUGAUCUUCUACAGGCAAAAAAGACCUUUUACUGGACAAGAAGGAGAAAACACUCUUUUGUUGUGAAUGUCCUCGCUCAGGCCCUUUACGAAUUAUUUUCUGCCCCAAAUGAUUCUCUGCAUCAGUUAAGGCGAGCCUGCUUCCUUUACUUUAAGCUCGGUGGCAAGUGUGUUUCCGGUCCGGUUGGAUUACUCUCUGUCCUGUCACCUCAGCCUGUUGUCCUGAUUGGCCACUUCUUUGCUGUGGCGCUCUACGCCGUCUAUUUCUGCUUCAAGUCGGAGUCCUGGAUCACCAAACCGCGGGCGUUUUUCAGCAGCACUGCUGUGAUGUACCGAGCUUGCUCUGUUAUAUUUCCACUCGUAUACUCAGAAAUCAAGUACAUCUUUUGAACUGAAAAGAGAUGAACCUCUGUGGCAACUGGAAUGCCGAAGGCGGCUCCUCUCAUUGCCCCUCCCCCUUAUGGAUACGGACUAGAUCAGUUCUCCUGUUUUAAACAAACCCAGAAUGUUUUAUUAAGGACUUGGCUUUAUUUUGUGAUAUUAUGUGUUUCUUCUCUAUAUAGACAGGCAGCCUGAACCUCAUAUACAGUUCGUAUGAGAUCUCUCCUGCUCUGGUGAUUCAAGGGAUGUGGGCAUGUCCCUUCACAGAUGGAAGUGGCGCUGAGAUGGAAACCAUCAAAAUCCAGGAGAAAAUGUGUUACUUCUGCACCUUCUGGGAAUAAAUACCCAGAACAAAGGAUAAUAAGCAUCCAUAUCAAAUGUGUCAAGCUUCUCUUCUCUCCUAUUCCUCUGAUAUCCUGGGGCUGGAACUACGCCUUUAAAAAAGCACAGAGCUGCUGUCAAAAAUGGCAGGCUUGUGUUACACACACCCCUCCCCAUUUCAUAACAUGUAUGCCAUGUUGCCGCCAUCUUCCUGCUGUUGCUCCACAUCACUGAAUUGUGUUGUUGCAGGGGACAGACGUGCACAGCAUAAUGAUGUCUCUGUCCAGGAUAAGCUGUCUGACACACCUGUAGAAGAGGCAGAACUCAGCGUGGGGGCUCCUGUGUUCGAUAGCAGUCCUGUGUUUCCUGUAACUUGUAGUCCUGCCCUGGCACAGCAACUGAUGCUGCCAGUACAGGAGGCGGAAUGUCCAUGGAUCAUUAUAGUUGGAUGUGGGGUAAACCUCGGUUCAGGUCAGGGCUUGUAUGACUGAACUUCAGACAGAAAACUAGAUCGUUGAAGAAAUGGCUUGGCUGGAAUCUCCUCCCUGGCCUGUCAGCUUUAUACGGGAAUUUUGGGGGGAUGGAGGAUAACUACCCCCUACAGUCUGAAGAAGUACAGUCCAGACACAGAUUUACCAUCUCAGUGUGAAUUAAGUUAUUGCUGGGGCUUCGUUGAUUCCCAUAGCAAUCCCAGGAUGCUUGCGUACUGCUGGCUCGGUGGUCUCUGCUCGUACCGCUGCUAACCUUGGAGGGUUUCUAGGGCCAACUUACAGAAGACUGCAGGAUCUAGCUGUUAGAUGUGUGUAGAUUAUAUAAAACGAGAGAGAGAGAACAUGAUACAAAUGAAGUUUAGAAAAGAGGUAGAUAUUUACAAGGACCACUAUUAACCACUGAGAGCACUGGUAGAGAAAGUGCUGAUUUGGACAUAGUUAUGGAGCACGUCCCAGUCAUGUCGAUGAAAAGCUGAUAAAAAGAAACUUGAAUCAUGUUUAUUUGGAGGACGUGUGUGCUUCUAGCACACACAUUCCUCCCCUUUUGUUGGCAUGUUUUAUCUUGAUGUGAAAUUUCCUUUUACUGCCCAGAUAAAAUCUUGAUGUGCUGCCAUCA